AUGCUGACGACUCAAAUCCAAGUGUUGCUCUAUAUUGGCAAUAUUCAGGUGAUCAGCUGUUCGGUGUUUGUGCCGGUGCCGUCGAUCGUCGUCAAGUCGCACCAGACCCUCGAGGCCAUCCUCCCCUAUCUACCUAACAGUAACAACAACGCUACGACCAUGGCCUCCCUCGAAUACCCUCAACAGACCUCUACCACAGUAACAGCAGCAGCAGCAGUAGGAGGAACUGUCACGGUUAAGUUUGCCUACCCAGUCCCUUCAACCAACUCUUCUACCGCCACCCCCGAACUGGUUCAAGUCACUGGCACCUUCAACGCCUGGCAACGCAGCCAGCCCUUGACUUGCAACCAGGACAAGACUUUCUUCGAGGCCGAUAUUCCCAUCGACCUUGCCAGCUUGUCCCACGAGACAGACAACAAGAAGCAGGAAGAUCCAAACCGUAAAAAGAUCCUGUUCAAGUUUGUCCUUGAUGGUCAGAGCUGGGUCACUGAUCCAGAUCAGGAAGCUGAGCGUGACUAUGCCGGUAACCUCAAUAAUGUCCUCUUCAUCACCAACCCCGUCGCUACUGCCAUCUCUACUACCGUUGAUACAAAGGACGAUGCACCAAAACCACCAGUACCUGCAGUGGCCGCUGCAGAGAACAAGACUGAGACGACUGAGACAGAGGAGGAGAAGGCAGCCAGGCUGAAGCAGGAGGCAGAGGACGACCUGACCAUCCGUCAAUUGGGUGGUGGUAUGUGGGGUGCACCUUACUUUGCCGUCAACGACCCCGCUGACCUUCCUGAGCAUUAUCUUGCUGCUGCCGAAGGCUCUGAGACUAAGGAGGUGGAGGUUACUCUUGCUCCUGCCACUCCUGCUGCUCCCGCCGCUGCCACCCCCUUGACGACGACGAUAAUUGAGAAGGAAAAGGAGGCGGAGGAGACUGUUGCCGAAAAGAUCGAUGCUCCCGCGCCUGCUGCUGUCGAGCCUGUUGUGCAAGUUGCCCAGAUCACCGUCGAGUCAUCUCCCGCUCCUGAACAGCCCAAGGAGGAUGAAGUUGAGGAUGAGGACGACAAGAUCAUCAAGGCUCUUGGUGGCGGUAUGUGGGGCACACCCUUCUUCAAGGUCAACGACCCUACUGCCUUCCCCGAGCAUUUCCAGGAAGCCCUUGGAGCCAAUGCAGCCGCGGCCUCCAUCUCUGCUUCGUCGCCAUCUCCUGCUGUUGAGACCGAGGAGGUUACUGAUAGGGAUGGAGACAACAUCCAUAUUGUCAAGGACGAGAUCACAACCACGGUUGAGGGAGGCAAGUUGAUCGAGACGGUUGUUGAGACAACAGAGGACACAAUCAUUGAGGCCGCAGAUGGUACCUUCUUGGAGGAGAGCAUCACCACCAGCGUCGAGGAUACCAUCUCGGGAGUCAUUGAUGAAGAGGUCACCGAGAUCAUUGAGACCAUCGAAGAGGAGGAGGCUCCUUCUUUCAAUGCUGCUGUUGAGGUCCAGGGUACACAGGUCGUUGUUGAGGAUGAGGGCGCUAUCGAGUUUGUCGAGACCAUUCUGGAGCAAACUGACGACGAUGAUACCAAUAUUAUUCCCAAUGCUGGCACAUUGACUCCCCCAGAGGUGACCAUGACCGAGACCGAGAUGACCACAUCUGUCCAGGGCGAGGAUGGAGUCGAGACCACCAUUGUCGAGGACACUAUGACCUUUUCGGAAGGUCCUGAGGUUGAUGCCGACAGCUUGCAUUCUCUCACCACUGGGGUCAAGCCUGUGACUGAGGGCGAGAGUGUUGUUGUUGAGCAAUCGCCCGAGUUUGUUGUCGCUGCUUCUACGCCAUCAUCGGGAGACGCCAAGCCCUCGGUCGAUGAGUCUAUUGAGCCUUUGUCCCUUCCAUCGCUGUCAUCGACCACCGUCAACACUACGGAUACCGCUGCAACUCCCUCGACUGUUGAGCCAUUAACCCCUAUCCUCGCAAGCAACAACAACAACAAGGACUCGCAGGAUGCUGAGAGCGCCGUCGUGCUGCUCCCCCAAGCAGGCGAUGCUAAGCCCACUGCGGACCUUUCUGUUGCCACCGCCGUCUUGACACCAACGCCAAUUGUGGAAAUCAAGUCCACACUUCCCGAUCAUCUGGUGCCCGGUGCCGAGCCUGCGUCUUUGACGACGACGGUGUCAGCGUCAACAGAGAAGGGCGGUCAGAUUACGGAGAAGAGUGAGAAGCGCAAGUCAUUCUGGAAGAAGGUCAAGAAGGUGCUUUCAUAA